CUUCCGCUCCUUUGUUCAUGGAUUUAGGCUGUUGAAAGCUCUGAUGGGGCAGCAGCAGACAAGAUGGUGACCCUGGUAGAUUAGGAUGGCUGACCUAAGAUCUUGGUGGUUCCUAUUUGCCAUCUCCAAAUAACAUUCCUACUAUCUGGAGUUUUGGAGACUCCCAUCGCUCAACUUCCUAACCAUGCAAUCAAUUUUCCUGUUUUAACGCAGAUUUUAUUGUGUAUUUUGGACGGACACACCCGUGUCUGCUGUCCCGGUAGGUUGGUAUAUGAAGGUCUUGAUCAUUAGAGAAAUGGGUCAGGAUCAGACAAAGCAACAAAUAGAAAAAGGACUCCAACUGUACCAGUCUAACCAGACAGAAAAGGCGCUGCAAGUCUGGCUGAGAGUUUUGGAAAAGACCACGGAUGCUUCAGGCAGGUUCCGAGUUCUGGGAUGUCUCAUCACUGCUCACUCUGAGAUGGGCCGGUACAGAGAUAUGCUAAAGUUUGCAGUUGUACAGAUUGACACAGCCCGGGAGCUGGAAGAUCCUGACUACCUUACAGAGAGCUACCUGAAUCUGGCACGGAGCAAUGAGAAGCUCUGUGAAUUCCAAAAAACCAUCUCCUAUUGUAAGACCUGCUUGAACAUGCAAGGCACCACAGUGAGCCUGCAGCUGAAUGGCCAGGUCAGCCUCAGCAUGGGAAAUGCCUACCUUGGCCUCAGUAUCUUCCAAAAGGCGCUGGAGUGUUUUGAAAAAGCCUUGCGUUAUGCACACAACAAUGACGACAAGAUGCUUGAGUGUCGCGUCUGUUGCAGCUUAGGAAAUUUCUACACACACCUCAAGGACUAUGAGAAAGCCCUGUUCUUUCCAUGCAAGGCAGCUGAAUUGGUGAAUGAUUAUGGAAAGGGCUGGAGUCUCAAGUAUCGUGCAAUGAGCCAGUACUACAUGGCUGUAGCCUAUCGGAAGCUGGGACACUUGGCAGAUGCUAUGGAAUGCUGUGAGGAGACGAUGAAGAUUGCUCUUCAGCAUGGAGAUCGUCCUUUGCAGGCACAGUGUCUGCUCUGCUUUGCUGAUAUCCAUCGCAGCCGUAUGGAUGUACAGACAGCUUUCCCCCGCUAUGAUUCCUCAAUGAGUAUCAUGACAGAGAUUGGAAAUCGUCUGGGACAGAUUCAGGUGCUGCUAGGGGUGGCCAAGUGUUGGGUGAUUCAGAAAGAACCAGACAAGGCACUGGAAAGCAUUGAAAAAGCCCAUGAGCUGGCUGAAGGACUGGGAAACAAGCUUGGCCUGCUGAAGAUUCACUGUCUCUGUGAAGGGAUCUAUCGCACAAAGGGACAGCAGCGGGAGCUUCGUAACCAUGUGGUGAAGUUUCAUGAAUGCGUUGAGGAAAUGGAGCUUUACUGCGGCAUGUGUGGAGAAUCCAUUGGAGACAAGAACCAUCAGCUCCAGGCAUUGCCCUGUUCCCAUGUCUUCCAUUUGAAGUAAGGACCAGAUGGGAUUGAGAUCCCAUCAUAUAGACUGAUACACAAAGGUGUCUUCAAACCAACGGGACCCGUGGUUGCCCUAAUUGCCGCCGUGCAUCAGUCAAACCCGGAUUUGUGUGAUCUGUGGAAAUUCAAGAUUGAAGAGAGUUCGUUUUGUUAAGCACCAAAGAGCCAAAAAAGCAGGCCAACGGAGCAUUUCUGGCACACACCAUAGAAACAGGGGGACCCACCAUUUAAGGGGAGGCUCUCCCUACAGAAUGGAUGCAGUACGUGGACCUAGCCCUGCCAUCUGGUGUUAUCACACAUCUAAGUUGUGGAUGUCAGCAUGGAGUUCUCUGGCACCUCCUCCCUCAAAGCCAGUUACCACAACCCAUGUGUCCCCUUUUCCCCCCCUUCAAGAGGUUGUUUAGCAGAGACUCCCACAAUCUCAGUUAUCUCAUUCUAGUGAACAGCUGCUUCUAGUAGCUUCCACCAGGGCCAACUCUCAUAUGUGCUCACACCUCACACACCCUGUUUUUAAAAAAUUCAUUCCUCAUAGAAAAACACAAUUACCAUGACAGCAUGGCGCUGUUUCUAGGAUGACACAGCACUGCUUUUUGUAGUUGUAGAUAGGCAGCCAUCUUUUUCUGCUGUAGGAUACUUGUUCAGCCUUGACAUGUGGUCUCCUUCUUAGCAGCAGUUCCUUGCCCAUGCUCUGGAAAACUGGCAAGGUAUACGUGAUAUAAAAUUGGGUUCUUUAAUAGGCUGGCCGAGCUUAUCAUUUGUAAGUUCCCCUUAUCCCAGGAUGUUCAGGUGCGCAUUGUGCCCAUCUGUCAUUUGGCACUGAACGUCUCUGCAUGUAUGCCUGUGCUUUCGAUGUGUAGUUGUCUUUUGAGGACCCUUCCCAGAGAAAGGAGUUCACUUGAUUUGACAGCUGUUCUAUCAGUUCUGCUCCCUUAGAACAUUCAUUAGCUGGAUAGGAUUGCAGAGGGACAGUCUCUCUGAAGUUUAAGCAGGGCAGACCUUGGGAAAGACUUCUUGUGUUUCUUCCUUUGCCAUGUAAUGUGAUGUUAUAUAGGUAGAUACAGCGAUGUGCUUAUGGCAUUGUCAGCAGUAUAUUUAUACUUUCUGUAAACAAUUUCUACUGGAAUUAAUAAAAUCCAAUUAGUCCA